CCCAAAAUGCCCCGUUCCCCUCUGGGUCUGGGAUGGGGGCUGAGCUCGCCCCUGCGCUCCCCACUGCGCUCGCCCCUGCUGCCCCCGCGUCGCCCCUCCCGCGCCCCCACCGACCACUGCAGACACCGUCCCAUCACCCUCCAGAUCCCUGUGGUGAGCUUCAGUUGCGUCCCUCCGGACCUCAGUCCCAGGUAGGAACCCUCCGUGGCAGGGGUGCAUGCGCUGGGGGGAGCGCUUUAACGGACGGACUGCAAGGGGUGUUUAUCAGUCAAUCUGGGAUGUUUUCGAUGAUAUCAGCAUCCAGUGCAACUUUUAUUAUGACUAUUGAAAUUGACUACGGUUCUAGUACCAUGAGCUUUGAAGACAUACUAUAGAGUCAAAGAAAGGAAAUAUGGGACUUUUGUAUGACAUUAUCUAACAAGGAUACCCAGGCGAUUAUUCCACAACCUUAUUACAUUUUACAUUUUAGUCAUUGCUCUGUAGCUCAAUUGGUAGAGCAUGGCACUUGUAACGCCAGGGUAGUGGGUUCGAUCCCCAGGACCACCCAUACGUAAAAAUGUAUGCGCACAUGACUGUAAGUCGCUUUGGAUAAAAGCGUCUGCUAAAUGGCAUUUUAUUUAUUAUUUAGCAGACGCUCAUCUUCUAGAAUAUUCCGGAUGGCCUCUACCAGUCAGCGUAUGGGAGUGUUUCAGAAUGAUGCCAAGUCACAGAGGCCACUUUGUAUACUACCUCAUCACCUUGCUGACAGUGCUAAGACACCUAAGCGCAGCACACAUUGUGCAGAUCCAUUGAUUUAUGUUGUGUUCAGUUCACUGUUUAUAUCAGGAUCAACAUUUCAUUGGUGGUCUUCCGCCAUCUGGUGGCCACAAUACAAACUGAUAUAAAUGUCUGUUUCUCUCUCUCUCUCUCUCUCUCUCUCUCUCUCUCUCUCUCUCUCUCUCUCUCUCUCUCUCUCCUCUCUCUCUCUCUGUAUUUCUAGGUUUGUGGAUGGCAUUGAAACAGACAGUGGUAGUAGUUUGGGCCAGAAGUUUGACUUCAGCCCCUGUGUGACCCAGAGCAUCCCAUCCAGCUCUAGUCCAGGUAGACCACAUUCAAAACCUCCUAAAAACAAGACUGUAUACUGUUCUGGGAUAUUUUAAUGUGCUGCUUAGAGUGUUUAAUAACUCUUUACAAGUUACUUGCUCUCUUUCCUGCAUGCUCUCUCUCUCUCUCUCUCUCUCUCUCUCUCUCUCUCUCUCUCUCUCUCUCUCUCUCUCUCUCUCCUACCGCCGAUGACGUGGAUGUCGAUUAAGGCAGCCCUCUGCACCUCUCUGAUUCAGAGGGGUUGGGUUAAAUGCGGAAACACAUUUCGGUUGAAUGCAUUCAGUUGUGCAACUGACCAGGUAUCCCCCUUUCCCGUUUUAUCUCUCUCUCUCUCUCUCUCUCUCUGUCUCUCUGUCUCUCUGUCUCUCUGUCUCUCUGUCUCUCUGUCUCUUUCUCUGUGUCUGUCUAUAGGAAUCCAGGAGGAUGCAGAGACCGUGCAGACUGUUACUAAACUGAAAGAAGAGGUGAGUGACACCCGGCAGCACCAAUGAGGAAUAACUGCCAUUCCUAGACUGGAUUUGAAUGGCUAUUCUUAACUUUGCCCUAUUCGUCCCCCCCCCACCCCUUCUCCCUGCUCUAUGCCUUACUCUCUCCUGCCCAUGUCCCGCCCCCCUCCCAGAUGACUAGCCUAUCCCUGCAGGUGUCACAGGUCAGCCAGGACCUCCAAGAAUUGACACGGCUGCUCAAGCCCCUCCUCCAGCCCGUCCUCCUCCAGGGCUCCUCCCAGUCCGUCCUCUCAUCCCUGAUGGCCGCCCUGACUCCACCUACCAGUGUGACUCUCAGUAGCUCCGCCCCUCCAACUCCCACACCCCCCUCCAACACCACCUUACUGCUGUUGGAAGAUACAGAGAUAGGGGGACAGAGGAGACACCCAGACCGCCGCUUUCAGACACCUUCCAGGGGUCUGACAACCAUCCCUCUGCCCCAUCCUCACUCGGCUUCCAUAGGGGCAGAGUUGACCUCGACUAGCCCUGUUCAGCUCAGCUUCAUUGACGAGGACAGGCCCACUGUCUGAGAGAGAGGAUUCACCAACACAGGACUGGCAUGAAUGAGACUGGCAUCAUGGCAUGGCUGGCAUGACACCCCUCAUAUCACUGCAUGAGACACAUGCCCAUGGCUACCCUGAGUUACUGUUUAUUUAAUACUAAGAUAACAUUAAGUAAAUUAUUAUUACCAAAUGUAUUUAUUCCUAAUAUGAAAUGUUAUGAACUGAGAAGUUAUUGUUAUACCAUAUCUAUCACUGGCUAUGAUCAAAUGAAAUACAUCAAAAAAUAUAAAAGUCUUGUUUUACAGUUUAGGCUCUAGAUUUGGUUUGACGCAGAGUGACUGCAGACAGGAUCUUGUCCAUUGGUUGUCGGCUGUGGAUGUAUUAGAUAUUGUUAGACUUACA